AUGGGUCCACAGAAUGACACAAAGAUUUCAGAAUUUAUACUUCUUGGAAUUUCAGAGAACCCCAGUUUGCAGCCUGUUCUCUUUGGACUAUUCCUGGUCAUGUACCAGGUCACCAUGUUUGGAAACCUGCUCAUCAUCCUGGCCACGAUCUCAGUCUCCUACCUUCACACACCCAUGUAUUUCUGCCUCUCCAACCUGUCCUUUGUAGACAUCUGUUUAACCUCCACCAUCAUCCCAAGAAUGCUGGUGAACAUACAGACCCAGAGAAAGACAAUUACCUAUAAAUCCUGCAUCACACAAAUGCAUUUCUUUAUACUCUUUAUUAUGUUGGACAUUUUUCUGCUGACAGCGAUGGCCUAUGACCGCUUUGUGGCCAUCUGCCACCCCCUGCAUUACACAGUCAUCAUGAACCCCCAACUCUGUGUGUUCCUGGUUUUUUUGUCCUGGCUGGUGAGUUCCCUCUAUUCCAUCUUACAAAGCUUAAUAGUAUUACAAAUGUCCUUUUGUGGACACUCCAAAAUUCCACACUUUUUCUGUGAAGUGAAUCAGGUGGUCCAACUUGCCUGUUCUGACUCAUUUCUUUAUAAUGUAGUGACAUAUUUUGGAGCUGUGCUACUGGGUGGUGGUCCCCUCACCGGCAUCCUUUAUUCCUACUGUAAGAUAGUUUCCUCCAUCCGUGCAAUAUCAUCAGCUCAAGGGAAGUACAAAGCAUUUUCCACAUGUGCAUCUCACCUCUCAGUUGUUUCAUUAUUUUAUUGCACAAGCCUAGGUGUAUACCUCAGUUCUUCUAUGACUCAAACUUCACACUCCACUGCAAUAGCCUCAGUGAUGUACACGGUAGUCACCCCCAUGCUGAAUCCUUUCAUCUACAGUCUCAGGAAUAAGGACAUAAAGAGCGCUCUGAAAAGACUUUCUGAGAUACAUAUAAUCGGUGGACCAACUGUUCUGAGAACAAAUAAGUGUCCAUGA